AUCUGUCUCAGGGUUAUUGUGAACGAGAACGAAAAACUUUAAAAAGACGACAUCUAGUGUUUUAUCUUUUAUUCUAAUUAAUCUAUGAUCAUUGCUAUCUCAAGGAUUAUGAAAGUUCUUCUAAAUUCAUCCCAGUCGGAGCCUAGCCUUGCACUACCUUGUCCAGUGACAGGGAUUAACAUGUUUUUACUUUGCAGUGCUCCGAUGAAUCUGUUUACUAUUCUGAUAUCCUUCUUGUUUCUGUUUGUUAGUAUCGAUUCUAAGCAGUACCUGGUUCAAACUUUAGAUGACCCUGAUCUUGAAGCAAAACCUCCCAGUUGGGAUAAAACAGCUUAUGCUAAAAAUUCUACUCAAGGCGAUGAUUAUGGUUUACCUUUUGGUCCCUGGGCAGGCUGAUCAAAAAAUAAGAAAUAUAUGAAAUGCAUUGAUGAAUUUUUCA